ACUCUAAACAGGAUUUAAUACGACACUAAACACAACAAGAGUUGUUAGGAGAAAAACGGAGAGAAAGAAGGAGACAUUGGAAGAAACUCAAACUCCAAAUCAAAUCAGGGAUAUCCCUGAGAAUGGGUUUGAGGUUUUUUGCAUAAAAAGCCUCCCCAUUUAUCGGAAAGGGGAUUUCUUGACUUGAUUUAAUGGAGGCGGAGAAGAAGUAUGUCACCGUCGAGCAGCUCAAGGAGCACAACAAGCCAGGGGACUUGUGGAUCUCUAUCCAGAACAAGGUUUACGAUGUCUCUGACUGGAUUAAGGAUCACCCAGGUGGCGACACUCCUCUCCUCGGUUUGGCUGGCCAAGAUGUCACCGACGCUUUCAUAGCCUACCAUCCUGGAACCGCGUGGCAAUACCUCGACAGGUUUUUUACUGGGUAUUAUCUCCAGGAUUUCAAGAUCUCAGAGGUGUCCAAGGAUUACAGAAAGCUUGCCUCUGAGUUUGCCAAACAGGGGUUGUUUGAAAAGAAAGGACAUGGGACUAUGUACUCCCUGUUAGGCGUUACUUUUUUGUUUUCCCUUGUUGUUUAUGGUGUUUUGAGAUCUGAGAGCGUGUUGGUUCAUUUGGGUUGUGGUAUGCUGUUGGGUUUGCUUUGGAUUCAGAGUGCUUAUGUGGGUCAUGAUUCCGGGCAUUACCAAGUGAUGUCAAGCCCUGUAUUUAACAAAGUUACGCAAAUCCUGGCUGGGAAUUGCUUAACUGGGAUCAGCAUUGCGUGGUGGAAAUGGACUCAUAAUGCCCACCACCUAGCUUGCAAUAGCCUUGAUCACGAUCCUGAUCUCCAACACAUUCCAGUCUUUGCUGUGUCCUCCGAACUGUUUAAUUCUAUAACAUCCUGCUUUUAUGGGAGGGAGAUGACGUUUGAUUCUGUGUCUAGAUUCCUAGUCAGUUACCAGCAUUGGACAUAUUACCCGAUCUUGUGUGUUGCACGGGUUAACUUGUUUGUUCAGACACUCUUGCUGUUGUUCGUUAGGAAGGGAGUCCCUAAUAGAGGAUUGAACAUAUUGGGAAUCCUAGUAUUCUGGACCUGGUUUCCUCUCCUUGUGUCAUGCCUACCCAGUUGGAGCGAGAGGGUGAUGUUCGUGAUGGCGAGUUUUGCUGUGACAGGGAUCCAACACAAUCAGUUCACUUUGAACCAUUUUUCAGCGGAUGUUUAUGUUGGACAUCCUAAUGGGAAUGAUUGGUUUGAGAAGCAGACAGGUGGGACUUUGGAUAUUUCAUGCCCGCCAUGGAUGGAUUGGUUCUUUGGUGGAUUGCAGUUCCAGCUCGAGCACCAUUUGUUCCCCCGAUUGCCGCGGUGCCAGUUGAGGAAGGUUUCUCCUAUUGUGGAGGCUUUAUGCGAGAAGCACAAGUUGCCUUACAGAAGUUUGUCCUUCUAUGCUGCCAACUUAUCCACCAUCAGGACCCUCAGGACCGCUGCCCAGGAGGCUCGCGACUUGACUCGCCCUGUCCCGAAAAACUUGGUGUGGGAGGCUGUUAAUACUCAUGGCUGAGGCAACUAACAAAUGAAUUUUUUUUUGGUUGGUAUUUUCAUAAUAUUCCUUGGCUUGUGCCAUUAGGAUGACAAUUACUUCCAAAUUUGAUAUCAUAUCUCAUAUACUAUGCUUCUAUUUGAAAUCCAGAUUUGUUUUCUUUGUUUA